GAAUCUAGGGACUUUGCAACGCUCUGAGGCAACGCUAGACUUGUUUUUUGAGGUUAUGCAACGGCUUUUUGUGUGUGUUUUUUAUUAAAAAUGGAUAAUGAUUUGGAACGGUCGGUGCGUCUUCUCGAAGACGCUCUCCAGACCCCCACAAAAGGGCUAUUUAAGGUCUCGACCGCAACUCCAAAGCGUGAAAAACCUAACCUCAGCUUUACAAUAAACCCCGAAGACUUAACCGGCCUGGAAUAUGGAAGUGUUUAUCAAAACACCUUGUCUUUAUUUGUCGAUGAUGACAAAACGGUCACCGGGUCGGUGAUCCAAGCAGGAACUCCAUGGAAAAACACUGUUAAUAAUUUAUAUACAGAGUUUGCGGAUAUCCUGCAGGGGUCCACCGGAGGCCUUGAUAUCCUGGACGUGGCCGAAGACUUGGCGAGGUGUUGUAGUGACGCUUUGGCGGUGGUUAAGUCACUGAAAGCCAAAGUGGCCACUAGUGAAUUAGCCGAAGAGAAAUGGCUCGAAAAUGAGCGGAAUAAUUGGAGACUGCUGUAUGUCCUGUACCAGGAUCGGAUCCAGGCCCAGAACCACAGUAAGGAAGGGUUUGAGGAGGAUUUCGGGAGCAGUGAAAAGAACUGUGUGUGCGAACUGUUCAAACGAGAGAAUUUGGUUAGGGAAAGCCAGUUGGUGAUCGAUUGGCUCGAGAGGAACGCUCUGGAGAAGGGGGACCCCAUUUUAAUGCACUCAGACUGGACGUAUGGAUGGGAACACACUUUGCAUCAAUUGCUAGCACCUGAUGCUAUUGCAAUUGGGAGUAAUGUGGAUAUUAUCAAGAACAUACAUCCAGAUGCGCCACAGUUUCAGCGCUUAUCGCUGCACCACUUGGAUUACGACAAUGACAAAAAACUAUGUCAGAGAAUUUUUAUGGAAAUUAGGUGCGGCAACCUUGAGGGCGCCCAGGAAUUAUGUUACAACAGUGGUUAUCCAUGGCGCGCUGCGAUGUUAGAAGGCUGGAAGCUUUUUCAUAAUCCCAACCUGGAAACAAGUCUUGAAGAGUAUAAAGACGUAGAAGGGAACCAAAGGCGGGAUUUGUGGAAAUCUUGCGCAUUAGAUUAUUGUCAUAGGUCAAACUUGAACAUUUAUGAAAAAGCCGCCAUUGGUAGUCUUUGUGGUUUCUUGGAGGGCAUUUUGCCCGUUUGUACCACAUGGGAGGACCACCUGUGGGCCUACAUGCGAACCAUGGUCGAUAUUCGUGUUGAAUCGGAAAUUCGCGACUCAAUCAUUAAAAACUACAUACCACUACCUGAAGAAUAUUGGGAACAAAAGAAAUCAUUAAGUGAAAUUUUUACAAUUUUGGAAGCCUCGAAAAAUAUUGACAUUGCAAAAGAAGCGCAUGAAAUUGAUCAUGUAAUUCAGAAACUUGUCAUUUUAGACGAAAUUCCCACACUGAUACGCCUCCUAGAUCAGUGGAGUGAAGAUCUAAGUGUUACGACACAAUCUCUUCGAUUUUAUGCUCACUUAGUUUUGUUUUUUGAAAGCGUCGGAGACUCCACUCAUAGAAAAACGUGUGAAAAAAUCGUCGAAACAUAUAUCGAGCGUUUGAGCGAAAUGAACGAAACCCAGCUUGUGGCCUUCUACGUGAGCAAGCUGGGAAAAUCCAAACAAAUCCAACUUUACGCCAAACACUGCGAAAAACUGCUUUCGACUGAGCAACGCAAAAACGCCCUUACUUACGCUGAAGAUUUCAGUUUGGACGUAUUUGCUAUAACGCAACAAAUCGUCGAAAUUAUAACAAGCCGACCGUCUGAAUCCGAACUUCCCGGUAAUCUCCAAGGUAAAAUCACCGAAAUCGACGAACUCAAAAUCUCCGCUAUUGAUUGGCUGAUGUUUUACGAGGAGCAACGAGCCGAAGCAUUGGCUCAAACCAAUUCUAUUAUUUUCAAAUUUCUGAUUUUGGGCAAAUUAGAAGCAGCCCAAUUGGCAAUCAAUAAAAUUCCUUACGAUUCUAUAGAGAAGAUACGCAGCGAAGAGCAGAUUCAUCAGAUUGUUAAGAAUUAUUUGAGUUAUAAAGCGUAUUUGGAUGCACAUGAGGCGUUUAACGAGUGGUUUAGACAGUAUAGGAAUAAGCCGAUGCCACCACCUGAACUGCCCGAAAAUGCACAAUUUACUGAAAAAGUUGCUCAUAAUCAUAAAGUCUCGCAGUUUAAUGCCGAAGCGGAACGGUGGAAAUUGACGACAUCGCAUUCAGCAAAAAGGGCCAAAACUUUAUUAUAUAAUGUCCUUUUGUUUCCUGAAGGGUGGCUUGAAGGAGGAGACGAUGCUGAGUAUCUGCGAUCAAUUUGUAUUCCUCAGAUUGUUUUACUAUUGUAUUCGGUUUUAAAUGAGUCUGGACUGCACGAAGAAGCGGUGCAGUUGGCCGAUUUAGUGGCGGCCAAGAAAUACGGACUUUACAAGGUGUAUUCUAAAGAGAAAUUGGCAGAGAUUUUGGAGAAGAUUUGUGAAAGUUCUGUGGCGCUUCUCAACGCGAAGAAAGACCCGUUUGGAAGCUCCUCAAGUGUUUAAAAUAAUUUUCUGAAUAAAUUCGUUUUUUCUAA